CGACAUUUCGCAGAAGUUAGAAGUUCGUGAUGAGUGAUGAAAUAUCAGAGAAUGAUGCUCGUACCAAACAAUUAUUGAAAGUUUUUAAAAAUUGGCUGGCAAAGCAUCCAUAUAUUAAAUAUGAAGGAGAAGACAAUAUCGAUGAACUUCUUAUGUAUUUCUUGAGAUCAAAAAAGUACAAAAUGGAAAGCGUUUUUGAAUCCUUUGAGUUUGGAGCAAAAUUCAUUAAAUCAAGACCACAAUUUUAUGAGAAUCCAGGACCGCAUGAUUAUGAAUUCACAACAAAAGAAAAUUCACCAGUCAUAUUUUUGAAGAAGCGAGACAGUCAAAAUCGAAGGAUCUACAUUUACAGAAUCAAACAUUUCGAAAGCUUCAAGGAUGUUAAAUUUUUCCGAAAUGUAUUUUUGACUCCAUUCUUUAUGUCCUUUGUGGUUGAGACACAGCUAAGUGGAAUUGUUGUUAUUGUUGAUUUUCGAGGGAUUAAUAUGAAUAAGGCAAGGAAGAUUCCAUUAAAGACUAUCCUUGAUGCAGCUAGAGUUACAAAAAUUGCUGGAUCUCGAUUAAAACAAUUCAAUUUAGUUGGAAUGCCUGCAUAUUUUAAGCCAAUUUACGAAAUUGCAAAGGCUUUUACAUCCUCAAAAGUUAUAUCCAGAAUCAAUUUCCUGUCAAGUAUGGAUGAACUGUCUACAGUCAUGGAUGUAUCAAUAUUACCAGAAGAUUAUGGCGGUACAAUGAAUGACUUAUUAGAUUAUAGUGAAUUUGAGGAAGGCGUAAAGUUUGUCAAUCAAAUUAAUAAAUUAAAUGUGAAUUUAAAAAAAUUGAAGAAGUUUGAAGGAAUUAAAGACUUAACGGAAUUAGAAAUAGAUUAGGAACUGAUCUACAUAUAAAGAUCGAUUGUAUUCAUUAAAGAGUGAUAAAAAUUCAAAGAAAUAAAA